UAUCCUUGUUACCUCUCUUUGGUAUCCAACUUCUGGAUCGGGACGUUCGAUCUCGGGUCAGAUCUUCAUAUAUUCUAAAAGGCACCUCUUCAGGAAAGAUUCUGACUAGAGAAACCGCUCUUUCAACUCGGGUAUCACAGCUUCUGGUCUUUCUUUACUUAUUCUUUCUUCCUCUGGCUCAUUUGCAUACGCAUCUACAUCUUCACGUUUCUUCUACUUCCAGACAGUCCUGAACAACUCGAGAACCGCAUCUUCAGUCUGCAGAUUGGUAUUCUUCUUUUCCUGUCUGCUACUUUUCGGCGUUCUGUACUUGCUGAACCCAGACCAUCGAGAACCUCGUGUUUGAUCUGCUGUUACUCCGGCCUACAGCUGCUCGACGGACCCCGUUCAGACACUUUCUUCAUCGACGGUCUAAAUAGAGCAUAUCUACUCGAAAGGGAAAUCCGUUUACAAUGACAAUGGAAGGAAUCUGGAUUCCCAGUCCGCCUGUGCGCCGAACCAACGAUGGAGAUCCCAUGGUCAUUACUAGUCCCCCCCUCCGCCGGACUUUGGAUGAUGCUACAGUCAUCUUCGUCAUAGGAGGUCCCGGAUCAGGAAAGAGCACACACUGCGCUCGUCUCGCUGCAGAGCUGGAUCUCAUUCAUCUAGAUGUCGAUGCUAUGCUCCUCGGAUUCGAACAAACCGGCCCAGCCGGCGCCGUUGCAGCAGUCAAAUCCGCUCGUGAAGAAGGCAAACUCCCCCCAGUCGGCCUGAUCAUGACUCUUAUCAAGGACGAAAUCACCUGGCAUGUAGAGGACGGCGAUUGCACGUUCCUCCUUGAUGGAUUCCCCUGUUCGAUCGACCAAUAUCUUGACUACUCCCGGUCCCUCGGAGUCCGCCACGUUAUUCACCUGGAGUGCUCCCAGGACCUAUUGUAUUUCCGGUCCGUAGAUCUACUGGGGAUCCCCCUGGACCAGGAUGCAGCCGAGCUGUUCCUCCAACACGAACGGAUCUUCACCAAACGCCUGGCUCGGUUCAAGAGUGAAUGCAGGCAGGUCAUUCGGUUCCUCGGUGCCAAGGGUAUCGUAUCUACGGUGAAAGCCGAGGAUACGAUCGAGGAAGUAUAUGGCCAGAUCAAGCACGUGGUCGACCGGUUACUAGACGAUUUCGCUCCGUCUGAUGACGAGGAGGACCCCUCCGCUUCUUCUUCCACUUCUUCUACCAGCAGUAGUGGUGGUGGUGGCGUGAGGGUGUUCCACCUCGAUCCCUGA